AUGGUCAGUCGUAGGAAAAAAAUUACUCCGUGGUUUGAAAGUGGAGCGCCUGCGCACUCCGGGAGCUUCCGGGGCGCAAGAGGAAGCGGUGCCGAGCGCGCCUGCGCGAUUGCGUGGUCGCGGGGGCAAGCUGUCAUCCGUGGGCGCUCCGCCGGGCGUUGCUGUGGCAGCCGAGGGCCCUGCGAGGCCCGGCUGCGAGGCCCUUGGGGCGGGACGGAGGCCUCGGGGAAGCACGCCGCCGCUCUCCGCUCCUCCUCGGCCCCUUCCCCGCCGCAGGCGCUCACGCUGCUGGUGAUGCAGCCCUGCGGCGGGGGAGGCGGGGCCGCGGAGGGCCUCCGCUCGGCCAACGCCCAGGCCCCCGAGGCGACGCCGCCGCCGCCCUCCUCCGCCUCGGCCCAGGGAGGCCUCGUGCUCUUCUACGAGCUGGGCCCCGCGGCCGAGGCGGAGGGGGGCGGCGGGGGCGACAGCGCGGGGAGCCCCGGAGGGGGAGGCGGCGGAGGAGGAGGCGGCAGCCUGGAGGAGCUGGAGGACGAGGACGAGAGCGGGGCCCAGUCCGGGGGAUGCAAGAGCUGCACCUACGAAGGCUGCCGCGAGACCACCACGCAGGUGGCCAAGCAGCGGAAGCCCUGGAUGUGCAAGAGGCACCGGAACAAGAUGUACAAGGACAAGUACAAGCGCAAGAAGAGCGACCAGGCCCUGGGAAGCGGAGCGGGAGCGGGAGGAGGCGGCGGCGGCGGCGGCGGCGGCCCUGCAGGGGGAGCAGCAGCAGUUGCAGCCGCGCCCUCAGGAGGAGGCGGCCCUGUCUCGGCUCCUGCCUCCGUUUCUGUGUCUCCAGGAGCCGCGGCGCCCACGGGAACAGCCCCGGGGAGCGGCGGGCGCAACGAGGAUUGCACUGAAAAUUCAGUUUCUGCAUCAAAACAAAGGACAGGAACCGUGGGAGAUCGUCCAGCAAAACCUACACUUUUGGAACAAGUAUUGAACCAGAAAAGACUGUCACUUCUGAGAAGUCCUGAAGUUGUACACUUUCUGCAAAAACGGCAGCAACUCCUAAGUCAACAGGCUUUGGAACAAAGGCAACAACAGUUUUCAGGCGCUUCAGCGUGAUGGCAGUAAAGCCCCUCAACUUAGCUUCACGUCAGCAUCUGAGAUCAAAGCAAGACUUGGAUGACAGACCAUCAAACUGCUCCAGAUAUUGUAGACAGUGUUUUGUUUUGUUUUUUUGUUUCCCAAACAAGUCAGAAAGCUUGGAGGAACCUGUUUGCUUGUUUCAGGAAUUGUGUUUGACUUGUAUUUAUUUGAAAAUACUUUUGAUAGCUUUAUUCAUUCUCCUUGUUCCAUUGAAACCUUGCAUUAAUUUUUUGGAACUGUGUUGAGCUUUACAGAAAGAUAAAUUAAUAGCUCAGUUUGACUACUCAGUUCUUUAUGGCGUGAAUUGAUUUAAUAUCAUGCAGAACAUUAUUCUUUAAUGACUGUCAUUGAAGAAAGCAAUACUUACUUUCUGUGGAAGUUUUAAGUGGUAAACUUUGAGCCAAUCUGUUAGUCGGUUUAGGGACAAGGCAAUGCAGAAUGCUGGGUUUACAGUUUUCUGGGGGAAACUCAAUCACUGUUUCUUUGUUGAGGAACAGUUGCUGUUCCAGCAUUGAUUUGUCCCUUUGGCCAUUCUGGUUGAUUGGUUUCUAUAUUGCAUUAUAAAUUAAUGUGUCCCAGGUUGUUAAUUUCAUACUGUUUUUACACAUGGUUAAAAAAAUGAGUGUGAUUUUUCCAUUUAAGCUUAUUUAUAUUAAUUUUAUAUUUUAAAUGACUUAUUUGUAUUGAUGAACCUAAGUAAUUCUUAUAAGGAUAUAUUGAUACAUCAUUUUUGUAUCUUUGUAAUUUUUCAUACCUUUGAACAUGUUUAGGACUUUUUAAAAAAUACUUUUUAAAAGAAUGUCAUUUAAGUUAACUUUUUUACAUCAGACUUUUGAAAUAUUUAUCAACUGUAGAUAUUGGACUGGGUCCACACUUGGACAUACUUAAAGUACAUCAAUUGAAAUAAAGUAACUUGAGUUAGUAAUGCCUAAAUUAAGUCAUACUUAUUUCACUGGAUGUACUGGAAAUAUGAUGGACUGGAUCCAGUCAUAUAAAAGGUGUCUUGCCUAUUGAUAAGCCGAAAUAAACCUUGUAUUUCUGGCUUGCCUUAGGGAAGGAAAUCUGAACUGUGAUAAAAUACUCAGAUUUAAAAUAUACAUGGUGCUUGUUUGUUCUUCCAUUUCUGAAUUAGAUGCUUACUUGUGAGUAACCUUUUUCAAUUUUGCAUGAAGAGAAUAGUUAAAUACAUUUGUUUUUAAACUCU